AUGAAACAAUUGAACUACAAAUUCCUUAUUGCCUCCUUGACGGCUUUCCUAGUGUUGAUAAUAUUGACAUUAUUUCUACUCUAUUAUUUUUGGAGCAACGAGGCCAUCCCUCGUGGACCAAAAUUGGUCAUAGACCACGACGGCGGCGCAGACGAUGCUAUGGCGAUAUUUAUGGCCUUGCUCUAUGAAAAAUAUUUUCACGGAUUUCCAGUCAUUGCUCUGACGACAACACACGGCAAUGUAAAUGAAACUCAAGUGUUUAUUAACACGCAAAAAUUUUUAGGAAUUGCCAACAGAAAAGACGUAUCUAUAUACAGAGGCUGUCAAUAUCCUCUGAUAAAAAACAUUCCGUCCGAUUACUAUUUCGGCGUUGACGGUCUUGGUGACAGCGACUCCGAGUUUUUAGAUUACGAACCAAUAGAAGCUAAACCGGAACAUGCUGCUGUGGCCCUGGUAGAAUUAUCAAAAAAGUUUGAAGGUGAACUCAUAGUGGUGGCGCUAGGUGCAUUAACAAACAUAGCGUUGGCAGUGAAAUUAGAUCCCGAUUUCAUAAACCGUCUCUCGCAACUAUACGUAGCAGCAGGAAACGUACACGAUGAGGAGUACAAUGAGCCAGAAUUCAACGCCAUUAUGGACGUGGAAUCAUAUUAUGUGGUUCUUAAUAAUAGUCGUGCUGAUUUAGUUACAGUAAUACCGUUCUCUCAGGCUCUUAAAUCUCAUAAUGUACACAGGGAUUGGCGGAUGUUUACAUUAGGUUCUAUACAAACAGAAAUAAUGAGAGCUUUAAAUGUUUUCGAACAAAAGUCCAUACUGAUGAGUGAGGAAUGGUGCCUUUUAGAUCCCAUUGCUAUGGCAAUAGUACUUGACGAAUAUCAUAUUGCUAAGGAGACGAGAAGGGUACACAACAGUAUUGAUAUCUGUGAACAAAGAGGCAUGAACAUAAAUGAUUUUACAACAAACGAAACAAAUGCAAGAUUGAUAUACAAAAUCACUGAAGAACCUUACAAGAAACUACUUCUAGAUAUAUUCUCAGCAGAUUUAAAUGGAGUUAAAAAG